AUGUCUGGACCGAUGUCUGGACCGAUGUCUGGACCGAUGUCUGGACCGAUGUCUGGACCGAUGUCUGGACCCACUCCUUCUAACGAGGAACCCCCCGACCCUCCAACCCCGAGACUCAUCUCAUGGACUAAGGCCGUGGUUCUCCAUCCGCUGUGGAUCUACCUCUCAGCCGGGGUCACCGUCAUGAACAUUGUAGCCCUCUUCCUGAACGACCCGUGUGAGCCCUGGCGAGGGGACUUCCUCAUGGUGACGACGCUGGAGGGCUGGUCCGAGGUCAUGUACUUCGUCAUGGAUGCCUACUCAUUCUGGAGCUUCAUCUUCUUCAUUGUUGUCACUCUGCCGAUGUGGCUCAACAAUGUGGAGGAGUUUUACCGAACGUUGACCAAUGCGGUGUUCAUCGUGGAGCUGGUUCUGUGCCUGAUCGCUCAGUCCUACCACUACCUCCUGGACUUCUUCUCUUUCCUCGACUGCAUGAUGACCGUUACCAGUCUGCUCGGGAUGCAACUGUUCGGCUGCAAGUUCAAGUUCCUGUUGGAAGGCGGAAUGUGGCGGAAAAACUUCGACCAUCUGAAGUGGGCCAUGGUGGUCUCCAUGGGCCUGCUGCUGGGGCCAGACUCCUACGCUCACGACCCCUGGAACGCGUUUGACGGGGUGUCGACUCUGUCCAUGAUCGCCAGCGUGAUGCACAGCAACGCCGAGAAGGAAAUGAUUGGGAUUUUCAAAGUCCUGAGGCUGAUGAGGAGCAUGCGCCCGCUACGAAUCCUGAAACACGUGCCGCAGCUGCGACAUGCCAUCAGCACGCUUCUGGCGGCGGUCAAACCGGUUCUGAACGUUGUCUCCCUCAGCCUAAUUAUCAUGUUCAUGUUUGGAGUCCUGGGAGUGCAGCCCGUGACCGAGACCAACCCCUGGCGCUCUCUCUACUUCAUCUUCUUUAUGACCACCUCUUACCUGCUGCUGGACAUGUUCAUCGGGACCAUCCUGGACGCGUGGUUUGAGCGGGCCCAGGCGCAGGAGCGGGACCAGGACCGGCGGAUCAACCGAGAGAGGAUCCCCAUACCCAGACACAAAGUGCGCUUUGUCGGCUUGAUCUACUUCUUCGAGAAGCUCACCUCGCUGGUCACCGUGGGGCAGCUCUUCCUGAUGUCAGCAGAGCACUACAAACAGCCAAAGUGUGGAAGCCUCGGGUUGCUCGACAUCUUCGUCUUCUUCGUCUAUGCCGUUUUGACCGUGGAGCUAUUUGGAGAAUUGAAGUGUGCAGAUGAUUAUCCCUGCGAAGGAAUCAGUCGAUAUGCCAACUUUAGGGAUUUCCUCAGUGCUCUGCUCUUGCUCUUCAAAAUAUCCACUGGAGACAAUUGGAGUGGCAUCUUGAAGGUAUUUGAAGGAUAA